ACAACUCAAUCUCUCUCUCUCCCCCUAAAUCUCUUCCUCGCUCUCUACAUUCACAUCAACAAGAAGAAAAGAAGAAGCAGGAGACAAAGAAAGGAAGAAGAACAAUAUUACUCAUUGAUCAAGAGAAAAUGGCCCAAUUCAUGAAGCUACUCGUGACAAUUGCAUUAACAACCGUAGUCACAAUCGCCAUCAUCACAACCAAAACCACCACCAAGACUUCAACAUUUGCUCUCGAAGACCCUUUCAAGGACCUUACGCCACCAGGAACGAUUAAGAUCAGACCAAGUCGGUUCUUGGCAGAAAAAGUCGACCAGGGUAAAGGACCAAAAGCCCGUAACCCAAACGCAGCUGACCAUUGCAACAAGGACAAUGAAAUCUGUAGCAACAGCAAUUACAGCACCGGAGCAAACGCUACAAUGGCUUGUUGCAACAACAAGUGUAUGGAUUUAUCUUCCGACGACAAAAACUGCGGUGCAUGUAAGAACAAAUGCAAGUUCGGACAAACGUGUUGUCGUGGUCAGUGCGUUUACGUGGCUUACGAUAAACGUCAUUGCGGUGAGUGUAACCAUCGUUGCGAUCUCGGCGAGUACUGCGUCUACGGUCUCUGUAACUACGCGUGAUGAAUCAAUCAUUCAUUCACGC